UACAAAAUGGGGCAAAAUUGAAAUAGGAAAACAAUUAGAGGAUUGAAAAGAAUAAGAGAAGAGGAUAAACUAGAGAUAGCAGACACCUGCCAUUUCCAAUUUCCUCUUCCAGAUACUAUCGCUGGGAGCCAUUUUCCGAAAGAAGCAGCGAUACCCAGCCCCAGAAAGACGACAACGAUAAAUACCCUACGCGAAGCUCGGAGCUUUUUCCACUCAUUCUUCCUACUAAGAAUUGGUUGUUUUGCUUCUCCAGAUGACGCCGGUUUGCCCCUUUGUGAAAUCUGCACGCCCUGAUGAUUCGUCGUCGAAGAAAUCAGGGGAAAUUCCGAACAAGCAUGGGGCGGAGCACGAAGGGAAGGCGAAGAAAGAGUCCGGUGACUCUGCCAGCAUUUCUCCCAAGUGUCCUUUCGGAUAUGACUCUGCCAGUGCUUCUCCUAAGUCUGGCAGCAUUUCUCCUAAGUGUCCCUUAGGAUAUGAUUCUCAAACAUUUAAAAUUGGCCCUCUUAGUUGUGUUUUGUGCCAAGCUCUUCUCUUUGACAGUAGCAGAUGUGUGCCGUGCUCUCAUGUGUAUUGCAAAGUUUGUAUUUCCCGCUUUAAAGACUGUCCAUUGUGUGGAGCUGACAUUGAGAAGAUUGAACCUGAUACCAAUCUCCAGGCUAUAGUUGAUCAGUUCAUUGAGGGUCAUGCUAGAAUCAAGAGGUCUCAUGUUGACACAGACAAAGAGGAAGAAGUAGGUGACAAUAAAAAAGUGAUAUAUGAGGAUGUAUCUUUGGAGAGAGGUGCUUUUUUGGUGCAACAUGCUAUGAGAGCAUUUCGUUCCAAGAAUGUGGAAAGUGCCAAAUCAAGACUCAGUCUAUGUGCAGAAGACAUCCGAGAUCAGAUAGAAAAAACAGGCAACACUUCAGAGUUGUGUUCACAGCUUGGGGCAGUCCUGGGUAUGCUUGGUGACUGCUGCCGCACACUGGGUGAUCCUGGUUCUGCAGCUGCUUAUUUUGAAGAGAGUGUAGAGUUCCUCUCACAAUUGCCUACAGAUAAUCAGGAGAUUACACAUACACUAUCUGUUUCUCUUAAUAAAGUUGGAGAUCUUAAAUAUUAUGAUGGAGAUUUGGAAGCUGCUAGGUCUUACUAUUUUCGUUCUCUCAAUGUGCGUCGUGAGGCCAUGAAACAUCAUUCUAAUGUUUCAUCCCAGACUCUAGAUGUGGCUGUUUCCCUAGCAAAAGUUGCUGAUGCAGAUAGGAGUCUUGGUCACGAGCAUGAAGCACUUGAUAAAUUUCAAGAAGCCAUAAAAUUGUUGGAAUGCUUGACACUAAAACCUGAAGAAGCUGCUCUUGAGCAAAGGCGCUCUUCAGUGCUGGAAUUUCUUAAAAAUCAGCUUUCAGAGAAACAAUCUGAUUAAACUCGUUGUAGUCAGCUUCCCUCUAGCAGUUCUAUCAGAGAAUGAAAUCAAGCUAAAUAAAAUGGCCCUUUUCCUGUAUAUAUACAAAAUCAACUUCAUAUCAAAUAAGCUUAAUUUUAGCUAUGGUGGUUUGAUUCCCAGAAGAUUGAAAACAUUUAGAGAAUGUUCGCCAGUCCUGGAGUAAAAGUGGAGUGCUCUACUGAUCUAGCAUUACUCAAGUAGUGUCUGUAUGAGAUUUCACUCCACUUUUUUCAAGUAUGAGUUGCUUAAACACUUGAAAUUCUAUGUUUCGUGGAUCUUGUAAAGCACCUUAGAAUUAUCCCUCAAUGAGUAAGGACAGCUUACUGCAUUUGUUAUGCUAUCUUAUUGGAAACAAGAAAGUACACACGAGUCAUUACUGAACUCAAUAAUGUGCUUGGCUUUGUGGUGUGAAAAAUGCUAUUAAUCAUCACAGACGAUGGAUAUGGUGCAGAUUUUCUCUAUUCAUUUAUCUUUUUCUGGGUUGUCUUCA